UUACAUUCUAAUAUGCAAACCUUAGCGUAUGAAAACUGCAACAAAUUUAUUUUGGCUGCCGAUAUAAUUGGAAAAAUGAAAAAUGAUUGUAAAACUAUAGAAGGGAAAAUGGAAUUGCUUUUAUUAAUUCACAAGGAAUUCUUGUUACGCUCAAAUAAUUGCCUAUGUGAAUCGCACUUGAAUAAAUUGCAAGUUGAAGAUAUAAAUCAGCAUUCAAGUAAUUUACUUCACGGGCAUUAACUAACGUGAAG